AUUUCUUCCUCGCGGUCCAGGCAGUUAAGCCAGUGAACCCUCGGUCCCCGUAGAUCAAGUGUGUCUGACGCUUACGCCAGAGACACUUGAUCAUGUUUGGGGUUACGAGAUUUGGCGGCGGCGAAAGAGGGACCACUCCCCCUUUCGCCAGCCCGGUGACAGGGUUAGUGAACACCGAGCCCGCUAAUACUCCCUCGCUUACCCCUUAUUUCAGGGGCAAGCGUCCUCUACUGGUGCGGUCUCUGCGGCAGUAGUGCCGCAAGGACCGCAUCGACCACGCCCACUCGACCACGUGGUCGUACUCCUCCCUGCCUCCCAUCAUGGACUCUGCUAGCGCAGAGCGCCAUAUGGGAGGCCAUCAGGGGCUAUCCCCCCAGCCCCACCCGGCAGAAAGUUAGCCACAGCCAACAAUCCCUCCUUUCCCGCCCCCCGCUGAGAGAGUAUUGACUGUGCCCAGGGUGCACCGGCCCGACGACUGACCUUCCCCCCGGACGUAUCCAUAAGGGGACCGACAGCAAUCGGACACGCGUGGAGGUUUUCUGCGUUGCACCCCAUCAUAAUAGGACUUCAGUGGAUUCUAUAUUUAUAUCUAUGUUCAGAAGUCAGAAAUGUCACAAUAUUUUUAACUCCUGAUGCAAAAAGAGAGGUUUUCAUAUCUUUAAUGACAUUGGUAUUAGGUACGUAAAACAAAAAUGAUAUUAUGUUUGUAGGCGAUAAUCCAUAUCGGUCGAUACUUGUAAUCCUCACAAAUAAAUCCAAGUAUCUUAAAAAAAAUUAAAACUAGUGCCUCAAACAUAAAAAAACGUCGUAUUUGCAAAAUCUCUACUUUAUACAGCUUUCUUGCGGCAUAGAUCCUCUUAGUGCCGGCAGUUGAAACACUAGAAAAGAAAGAAAAAGCAUAAGUUUUGUAACUGUUAUUUUGUACUACGACCAGGCAACGGAUUGAAUAACUUACUUCCAUGUGGUAAUUUAAAAGAAAAAAAAAAUGACAUCAAUAGAAAAAGACCCGGAAAAAUAAAGACAAAACAACACUAACAACGUAAAAACGGUUAAUUAAACUCGAGGGAAGUUUUCAUCGUUUCUUAGACGAUUGUACAGUUACACCGAAGCGGAAAAUGAGAGCCUCGGGAUCUUCACAGUUCGUAAUAGGUCUGGGAAAAAGAAUUUUCCCAUUUUCCAUCACGUUGGUAACCUACAUGCUCGGUCGAGGCUAUUGAUUCUCAUUAUACUCAUGAUCUAGCGAAGCCUGCCAAAGCUAUUUGUUACAUCGUAUUUUAGUAGAAUGAAAGUUUAAGCUCCAAAUUGUAAUAUGUGUAUUAGCCGCUACACUUUUUCGUGUCGUCGCAGCUAAGACGAUGGGCGACUCGUGGGCCAGGCUCCUAACGCUAUAAUAUGCACCCUACAUCGGCAUAUCUGCAGGAAACGGACCAUGGUUCCUAUGGCGAAAAGUGCCUAGUCGAUCGGCGUUUUCUUAGUAACACCUAGAAUCGUCCAAGGAGACAACGCGUCACUAUUUUGAGAACUAACUCUUUCUACGUAAAGACAGCUUACAAUUCAUGUACUAUCAAAGGCUUCUGACCAACACAUAUAAUGCAAAAAAAUGUGCUAUAUAAGAUGUAGAAUAUUACACAACAUGUCAUUACAGAUUUUUAUACACAAUAUUUAUACAUGGUAUUGAAUGCGCAAGAGUAUAGAACAACAACUAUAGUACCUUCGCAUAAAACAAUGAAGUUAUGAAGCAUCCAAAAAUGGAACGUUCAUGUGAAAAAUUGGAAACCAGCCAGCAAACACUAUACUAGGAUUCGGAAAGCGGAACAACGCGGGGUAUGUCAAAGAGAAUAUUUCGGUAAAUCACCAUAGAUGAUAUGUCUGUAUAAUUUGAACGUAUUAUAAUAGUAUUUAAGCUAAUAUUUAUUUAUUUAAACCCUAACGUGACUAUACAGCACAAGUUUUAUGACAGGGGGUAGCUAGUGUCCGAGGCGCCAGGUCCUAAGAAGUACGUCACGAGCUUGAGCUCCCGAUGCAUUUAAUUUGGUAUUAUUAAAAGAUAAAACAAAUUUUGCCCCGAAGCGCCCGGGAAGCUAAGACCGAUGGUCGACACUAUUUAUGUAAGUACUAGUUUAUGUACUUGUAUGUAGGUACUUAUAGGUAGGCAAAAAAAUUUAAUAUAUAUGUCAUCUUCGCUGAAUAAACUUUUCCAAACAAAAUUAUCAUUUCAAAUGAGUUAUUCAUGCAACUCAAGUACUUCUAUGAACAAAGUAUUCCAUCAAUAAUAAUGAAUUAGUUUCUCUUAGAUCCAUAGACUAAGAAAAUAUAUACAAAACAAACCAAACCAAUGAUAAACAAACAUCACAAAGUUUAAUCGAUAAAGGUAUCCAAGACAACUGAACUGUACGUAACUAAGGCAAUUGUGGAUUUUGUAAUUUGAACAUGGCAGGAAAGGGUAAAGGAAAGAAAAAAGAAAAAAAAGAUAAAGAGGAAGGUGGAGAUAAGAAAAAGUCAAAGAAGGGAGCAACAAGGGUAAAGAAGGGCAAGUCUAAAGGACGAUGCAACGUCGACAUGCUAACUGAGGCGGCGAUGGAUAACGUGUACUACGCUUGUCACAACGUGCAAGAGCUGCUGCAGGCCAGGGGCUUUCACCCGCCUGACUUCAACAAGAAGAAGAAGAAAGGAAAACGAUAAAUCUAGUGUUAGCCUAUAAUAAAUUCAUGUUCUGCUUUGUA